AUGUUGUACGUGAUUGCCGAUGUCGUACUGAAGUGUACAGGUCGUCGUUAUGUCCGACCUGCCCGAGUUGAUAAUGCCAGGUUUGAUUAUGUCGGAAAGGUCUGGAAAGAGAAGGGGAACCAUCGAAAAGUAAUAAAUUAUCAAGACUAUAUGAGCGGUGGUAUACAACUCGAGCAAAAGGAUCUGGUCGCUAUAGAUAAUCAGUCUGAAAUCCAGGACAAUGGCGUGGUCAAUGUCAUCGCAAUGCAUGCCGAAAAUACUCUUCUAUACAACACUGCCGCAGCAGCCGCCUCAGCUAGUCAGGGAUUAACUGUGGUCGAUCAGAAUAUUGAAGAGGAAGUGACAAGUGGUGAAGAGAAAACGGGAGAUGAUGGAAAUGGACAGAAAAAGGAAGUCAUGCCUCAUAUGAUUAAUCCGCACAUUUUCUACCACGAAGCGUCGGUAUGUUGA